AUGGACCAAAUGCGAAAGCCGUACGAGAAGCGGAAUGCCAAUACACUCUAUUAUACCGUCUCCAUCAUCCUCGGUACCGUUGCGCUCUCGUAUGGCUCUGUCCCCUUGUAUAAGACUAUCUGUCAGCAAACGGGAUGGGGCGGCCAACCGAUCAAGUCCGCUGCUCACGGUGGCACACUGGACCCCAACGACACCGACUCCAUUGCCGCCAAGCUGACUCCAGUUACCACCUCCCGCCGAUUGCGCAUCACCUUUGCCGGCAGCACUUCAGACAUCCUGCCCUGGAAAUUUACUCCACAGCAGCGUGAAGUGCGUGUCUUGCCUGGAGAGACGGCUUUGGCCUUCUAUACCGCGACGAACAUGAGUAAGGAGGAGGACAUAAUCGGUGUCGCAACGUAUAGCGUCACACCUGCGCAAGUGGCGCCGUACUUCAGCAAGAUCCAGUGCUUCUGCUUUGAGGAGCAGAGAUUGAACAAGGGGGAGACGGUGGACAUGCCGGUGUUCUUUUACAUCGAUCCGGAGUUUCUGAAGGAUCCGAAUAUGAAGGGCAUCGAUACGAUCACCCUGAAUUAUACGUUCUUUAAGGCGAAGUACGACAAGCAUGGUCAUCUCACGCCAAUACCAGCGCCGUACUGA